GUUUGGGUUGCGGAGAAUUGAAGGGAGAGAAGGAAGGGGGGAUCCAGUGCGACAAAGAUGCUGUGAGGCAAAGGUUGAAUUGUGCUCCCUGUGCGGCUUGCGACGAGUUCUCCACUGAUCUGAAGAAUCUUUAAUGCUAUUACUUACCUCGAGUUUGAAUCAUCUGUGGUUAAUAGCGUGCUCGACAUGAAAGGAAUCAACUUGACUAUGGACGAGACUGUCAAACCCGAGGAUUUUGAAGAGGUCAGUGAAAUGACCGUCAAGUUUUUCAUCGAAGGCAUUUGUACGGGCGCUUUGGGGCUGUUCGGGAUUUUUGGGAACAUCAUCUCGAUCAAGGUGCUUUCAAGUCGAGAUCUGGACAUGCUGCCCUCAUUCCGUCACCUCCUGAAGAUGUUGGCCGGAUUUGAUGCUACAUUCUUAAUCUUCACGCUAUCCCUGUUCUGCUUGUCGUCAUGGUCCAAUUAUUACGACGAUUACAUUCGUCCUGUCCUAACGCCCUAUUGGUUGCCUGUGAUCCAAAUCGCCCUCACAGGUUCGGUGUGGACCACCAUGAUGGUCAGUGUGGAGCGAUAUCUCACUGUCUGUCUGUCUUAUCGCUCACCCAAAGUCCAGCACAUGAUCUACACCUUCCCGAUCACCUUCUUCGCGUUUCUAUUCAACAUCCCCAGAUUCUUUGAACUCACUACGGGCAUGGAGGCAUCCAACAUUACCGUGUAUAAUGAAUCUCUGGGCGAGGCCGUCAAUGUGACCAUUUACAAACCUGUGCUCGAGCCCACUGAGAUCCGCCGGGAUCCUCUAUACAGCCGUUACUACGUGCUCAUCGCCAACUCGUUUGCAUUGGCCUUCAUCCCGAUGACAGCCCUGGUCAUCCUAAACGCUUGCAUCUUCCGGACCAUUAGCAAAGCCACGCGGCGCCAUAACGCCAUUUCCUCCAAUCAGAGGCGGGAUCACAGUGUAGCCCUCAUGCUGAUCAGUGUGGUGGUGGUGUUCAUAAUCUGUCAUUCGAUUCGAUCCAUCAUCAACACCUACGAAUGCAUCCAAAUGGCCAUGUACGGCGAGUUGAAGCAUUGGCCAGGGUGGAUCCAAACCAUGGUCCACGUGAACCACUUUGCUCUUGUAGUAAACUCGUCGAUCAAUAUCCUCAUCUACGCUUGCAAGGAUGAUAAAUUCCAACAUGUUCUGUUGGUCACAAUAGGAGUGCGUUCCUCGUUGGGAAGUCGGCGAUCUUACUCAUCGGAUGUGGAGAUGACUCAUAUCGCGAAUGAAAAUGUCUUGGAUAGCCGAAAUGGGACCAAAAUGAGCCGAGCAGUCCGGGGAGUUUCCACCAACAUCCAAACGGUCGGGGGUUCGAAUAUCGUGGAUCGAGCUCGCGGAAUGAUUCGAAAUGGCAAAAGUUCCGACGCUCAUCAAGCUACCACGCAACUGGUUCCAGCCGAUGGGAACACGUGGAAUAACUUGGCCUCGGGUUCGACAUCCUCACACGUGGCCGGAGAUGAGAAAAAUUCCUUGAUAUCCUCGAGUGAUGGCUCUGGGAAUAACAACCAGAAAUGAAGUCAAAUGAGCUCGGAUCUAGGUAAAUUAUGGUCAUGCUCUCAAACGUUGCUCCUAAACUUGGCUUUGCUCUCAUGCCAAUCUCCCAGGAAUAACAUUACCAACGAGUUCCACGAUGUACAGGAACCAGUUACGGCAUAUGCCUAAACGAGGCAACGAGCCCUGGUUACAUUCAUUUGACCAUGGAGUUCUCCGACCAAUCUACUUGAUGAAGGUUAACUGCUCGACUUAGUGGCACUAAGGCUGAGGAACCAAGUCGUUAAGGCCUUUUCCGGGUGUUUUACAACAAGAUGAAGAGGCCAACAGGUUGCUUCUCUCUUGUCCUUCGAGACCUUCCGUUCAUCCACAAACCAAUGAGGGAAUGAAUGCCUCAUGUGCUGACCAUGUUCGUACAUGUAUACUCCGAAUCAAGGCCAAUUCACGAAGGAACAUGAUAGUAUUAAAAUGCCCUGUCUAUUUUUCUAAGAACUUAAUGGAUAUCAACUUUCGAGGGUGCAGUACUUUCUGCCAUCAAAAAUAAAAAAAAACAAGUCUCAAUGGGUUACUUGUACCCUCCCAUGAAAGAGCAUUGUGACCUUUGCGGAAAUGUGAUGUACUAUGUAUACAUUACGUCGUCUCCAUUUUUCGGUUAUUUCUUGUUCUCCCCUGAAAAAGAUGACAAGUUCGAAACGAAGCGGGUUAAAAAUGACAUGAUUCUAUAAGCAUGAUGCAGAAUAUCUGAAUUUCCUUAUCGCUAUUUGUCAUCAUCUCCGUUCAAAAUAUAGCGGCUUUGGCAGCUUCAAAGGCCGAAAAUGGCGUUUUUGGCACGAUUUGCCCUCGAAGUAGUAAUAUGGGGAAGCAUCGUGGGCCUUUGAUCUCAUUCGGCCAAGCCAUUUCAAAUGAAUUCAAGUCGUUGCAUAUAAUGGUAUACAAGUAUUGUUUACUUUUGUCACUGGGUGUAAUGUUGCAACAUGUUCCAUUCGAAGAGGACAAAUCUUAAACUGUUUUAUAAUGCCUUUGAGCUGAUGGAUAUAUGUACCAAGAUAAAGGCGAUUUUGUGAGCACAAGAUACUUAAAAAAGCUGUUGGAAUGGACCACGAAUGAUGAUGUUUCAAGAAUGAUGAAUCCUAGUGAUAAAAAGAUUAAAUAUAUCAAUAAACGACAUACUACCCACAAAGCA